GCUAUUUUGGCUAUUUGCAGCACUAGAUAUUGGCAAAACACAUUAUUAGUAAACAAGCCGGCAGUAAAUUACCGUUUAUUAAAUAAACCUAAUAUUUUGCGCAUUACAAUGGAAGAAGAACCGCCAACUACUUCAGGAUUUGGUUUCAAGAAGCGCAACAUCAAGAGAGGUGCCGCCAUGCGAAGAAAAAAAGUUCACAGUAGUAGCAGCAACGAUUCAGCCAAAAACAGCGAGGAGGAACAAGAGAAGAGCAUAAGUGCCUUAGCUCGUGCCGAAAAUCGGCGAAAGAGGACUAAUCCCAACUUUCAAAGCACCAAACCUAUAUCCAAGCGAAAAGCAGGUGCCGUCUUUACUGGCGUCGAUUCAUCAGAGAGCGACGCAGAUAAAAGUGGAAACAGCCACGAUGUGGGUGUGGCAUAUAAAUCGAAGCGCGAGUCACUGCCCAACGGACCUCAAGAUCAGGGUGCCGCUUCUGUUAAUGAAAUAGAUACGGCGUUGGAUCGCGAUGCGCAGUCCAUACAUGCUCGAUCUAUUAAAAUCAAUGAGGAGUUAGAGGGCAAGGCAGACGACAAAAUUUAUAGGGGCAUUAAUAACUAUGCGCAGUACUACAAGAAGAAAGAUACAGUUGCCGGUAAUGCCAGUUCCGGUAUGGUGCGAAGUGGACCUAUACGAGCGCCAGCGCAUUUGCGUGCAACUGUGCGCUGGGAUUAUCAGCCGGACAUAUGUAAGGAUUUCAAGGAAACCGGCUAUUGCGGCUUUGGCGACAGUUGCAAGUUUUUGCACGACCGCAGCGAUUACAAGGCCGGCUGGCAACUAGAAAUGGAUCACGAAGCACAAAAGCGCGGAGAUUGUGAAUCUGAUGGUGAUGAUCACAAAUACGAGAUUCACUCAGACGAGGAAACCUUGCCAUUCAGGUGUUAUAUUUGCAGGGAAAGCUUUGUAAACCCUGUAGUAACUAAAUGCAAGCAUUAUUUCUGUGAGAAAUGUGCACUGGCUCAAUAUAAAAAAUCACAACGCUGCAUCAUUUGCUCGCAACAAACGAAUGGAAUCUUUAAUCCCGCCAAGGAGCUAAUAGCUCGCUUGAAAACGGCACCCAUUGGAUCUGAUGAAGAUAACAGCGAUGAUAAUGAGAAUUGUCCGCAGGAGGAUACAAAAGAGCAAAAUGUGCAAGAAAUAUCAUCUAAUAGCGAUAGUGAUUAAUUUAGAUAUAUUUUCAAAUAUAGCAAUAUAACAUUGCAUAGGCUCGCAAUGUUAUAUUGCGAGGUAACAAUUUUGUGUGAAUCAACAAAUUGUGAGCAUAAAUGAGUAUAAAUAAAAUAUUGUGUGAGGUAACAAAGUUUCCUAAAAGUAA